UUUUUCUUUUUCUUUUUUCUUUUUCCCCUUUCAUACCCAAACUAUAAGUUUAAUUUCUUUUUUUGUACCAUAUCCACCAAGGAGAAAAAAAAAUAAAAAGAAAACAUGUCUGACAAUGCCAUCAAGAUCUUCACUGGCAACUCCCAUCCGGAAUUGGCCAAGUUGGUUGCUAAGCGUAUGGGUAUCGAUCUUGCUAAAGCUGUGGUGACCAAAUAUUCAAAUCAAGAAACUUCAGUGACCAUUGGUGAAUCCGUUCGUGAUGAAGAUGUGUUUAUUAUUCAAUCUGGUUGUGGUGAAAUCAAUGAUAACUUGAUGGAACUUUUGAUCAUGAUCAAUGCUUGUAAAACCGCCUCUGCUCGUCGUAUUACUGCCGUUAUUCCAUGCUUCCCCUAUGCUCGUCAAGAUAAAAAGGACAAGAGUCGUGCUCCCAUCACUGCCAAACUCACUGCCAAUAUGAUCACUGUUGCUGGUGCUGACCAUGUUAUCACCAUGGAUCUCCAUGCUUCUCAAAUUCAAGGUUUCUUCAAUAUCCCCGUCGACAAUCUUUAUUGUGAACCUCCCAUGAUCAAGUAUAUUCGUACUCAAAUCGACAAUUGGAAAAAUGCUAUUAUUGUUUCUCCUGAUGCUGGUGGUGCCAAACGUGCUACUGCCAUUGCUGAUCGACUCAAUUUGGAUUUUGCUUUGAUUCACAAGGAACGUAAAAAGGCCAAUGAAGUGUCCCGUAUGGUGUUGGUAGGUGAUGUACGUGGCAAGAUUGCUAUUUUGGUGGAUGAUAUGGCUGAUACCUGUGGUACUCUUGGUUUGGCUGCUAAAACUUUGGUCGAAAAUGGUGCUGAAAAAGUCUAUGCUAUUGUUGCUCAUGGCAUUUUAUCUGGAAAGGCCAUUCAAGUUAUCAAUGAUUCUGUCAUUGAAAAGCUUGUCGUAUCCAAUACCAUUCCUCAUCACGAUAAGAUGGCCAUCUGCCCCAAAUUGGACGUCAUUGAUAUCUCUCCUACCAUUGCUGAAGCUAUUCGAAGAACACACAAUGGUGAAAGUGUGUCUUAUCUUUUUAGCAACAUCAUUGAAUAAAUAGAUACUUUUUAUACUCCCUCUGUUUUUUUUUUUUUUUUUACAUCCUAGUCAUCCAUCAUCAAUAUAUAUUUACCGAACUCAUUUUACUAUAUUUAUAUUUAUUCAUCCAUCAUCAUCCUUCAUCAUCAUCCCUUUACUUUUUUACAUUCAUCCAAUAAAAUCAAAAUAGAACAAGAUGAUUUUUUUAUAUACA